AUGUGCACGAUGGAACUCGACGCCCAGGGGAAGGAAAGAUACUAAUCUUGGCGAGAAGUGCAAGAAAGCCUACACGUCUGUACAAUGACACGAGCAAAGGAUGUGCACGGACAGGAGCAAGGACCGGAGAGAGCGCCAGGCAGCGCCGACGCCGCGCCAUGCCAAGGGUUGGUGGACUGCUGCUGCACCACAGACGCACUUGAAGCGUUGGUGGCUUGAUGGGUGGUAGAAGCUCUAACGGAACGUCUUUUGGACAAGUGCGGCGGUCCCACGGGUGCCGUGGCGACCCGUGUUCGAUCCACGCGUGAAGUCCUCACGAACCACGUGAGCUCGGGGCGUCCAGCGGAUACCAACCUUCACCCAAGGCGUGGCGGUCAAACUACCAUUUUCUGGAACCCUGCGUCGACCGGGGUUGUUGGCUUCAAACGGAUCCCCCUUCUGUGCUUGUCUUUCUACGGAAACGUCGAUACACGCAUGCGAACAACGAAAAUAUGGAUGGAUUCUGGGGGGUGUGGUAUUCUCAGGACACUAGCUGCGUCAACGGGAAGAGGCUUGUCUUCUGUCCUUGAAAGCAUGGCUACAGUUUCGAGCACAUCAUGGUCGAGUGUGCAAGUUUAACGCGCGAACUUGUGUUGUUGGAGUUGGGUUAUGUAGAAGGCGUAAUGAUCCUGCCAAACUUGUUAAAAAAGGAACAUUGGUGAUGGGAGGAGAAUUGUGCGUAUCGAACAGGCGUAUAUCGGGGAUAGGGUAUAGUCGGAGAGCGUCAUGAUUUGAGCCCCGAUCGAAGUUGCGGAUAUUUUUCGGGGCGUGUUGUCCCCAGCAUAUAAGCGUAUGUGUAAGGGUGGCAGCGCCGCGUACACGGGAUGGUUUAUUGUGCCAUGUUGUUUAUCGGGUACCAAGAUUGGUACUAAGGCACGCUUUUUGUAUGAGUUUUGGUCUCGACAUGAAGAAAGGAUUACUUGACACGCGUGUGCCUUGUGUAAGCACAACAAACAAAAAUGCAGUGUACCGGGUUGGCGCCAUUGCCAGCACCUGAGCUACCGCUCAUGCUGAAAUUUCGAACAUGUACCAAUGCCAAGCUAAAAAUAUAAUACACGUCUCGAAUUUACCUUUCAUUAGUCCCAAUGUACAGCCUCUUUGUGCGCUCACUCUCAUCACCCAAGGCCUGAACAUCAAUGACACCCGUCUGCGGUACUACUGCCUUGCGCGGAGGAGAAAUGCCGACGGCAAGAGGGAGGCCACCGACGUCAAAGAGUCGCUUCCCCAAGACAUGGCAGCCGUGCCCUGCGAUCCAUCCUUAUGCGGGGAGGCGGCGGUUCCACUCUUAUUAUCGCCGAAAGCCUGUUCACACGCAAACCCGUCCCUUCGUUUCGACGUGGUCACCCUACAAUCAACCAAGACUACGACUUUCACCAAAGGCUACCGCAAACACGCGGGACGCGCGGGGCCGGUCGUGCUGUUGACAGAUGACGGUGAACGGCGGGUUAGCGGGGAGAAGCUAGGUCGCUUCCCAUCCGGUUUGGACCUGAAAACCGAGGGGAAAGAGGUUCGGUGGUUCUCGGAUAGGGAGAUGCUCCGGUUGCACGGGUUUCCGGAAGCUUUUGAUUUCCCGACGUCCCUCACCCUACGUCAGCGUUGUGCGCUGGUAGGCAACAGCGUCAACGUAGAGGUGGUGGCACUAUUGCUCGAGUUUAUGCUAUUCGAAGAUAACGCGCGAGGAGACUGGGGGGAACGAUUCAGGCCCGAGCAGCGGCAGGUGUCGACGGUGUAAAUCGUGCCCAUGGCGUGCGCCGU